UGGAGGGCAGCGCCAGACUGCCUGGCCUAGGAUCGGUUGUCCGACUUCUUCGGCAGGCCGCUCUACAUUUCCCCCUUGGCACAGCCUGGACCUUGUUCAGGCCGUUGUCGCCUCGUCGCCAUGGCGCCCACGAUCCAGACCCAGGCCCAGCGAGGGGACGGCCACAGGCCUAAUUCCCACCGGACUCUGCCUGAGAGGUCUGGAGUGGUCUGCCGAGUCAAGUAUUGCAAUAGCCUUCCUGACAUCCCCUUCGAUCCCAAGUUCAUCACCUACGCUUUUGAUCAGAACAGGUUUGUCCAGUAUAAAGCACCUUCCUUGGAGAAACAGCACAAACAUGACUUACUAACCGAGCCAGAUCUGGGGGUGACCAUUGACCUCAUCAACCCUGACACAUACCGCAUCGACCCCAAUGUUCCCCUAGAUCUGGCUGAUGAGAAACUUUUGGAAGAAGAGAUUCAGGCUCCUACAAGCUCUAAGAGAUCCCAACAGCAUGCGAAAGUGGUGCCUUGGAUGCGGGAGACUGAAUACAUCUCCGUUGAGUUCAACCGUUAUGGCAUCUCCAACAAGAAGCCUGAGGUCAAAAUUGGAGUUUCUGUGAAACAGCAAUUCACUGAGGAAGAAAUAUACAAAGACAGGGAUAGCCAGAUCACAGCCAUUGAGAAGACAUUUGAGGAUGCCCAGAAGUCGAUCUCUCAGCAUUACAGCAAGCCACGAGUGACACCAGUGGAGGUUAUGCCUGUCUUCCCAGACUUUAAGAUGUGGAUCAACCCAUGUGCCCAGGUCAUCUUUGACUCAGACCCAGCCCCAAAGGACAAAAGCGGCGCAGCUGCAUUGGAGGUGAUGUCUCAGGCUAUGAUCAGGGGCAUGAUGGAUGAAGAAGGAAACCAGUGUGUGGCCUACUUCCUGCCUGUGGAAGAGACACUGAAGAAACGAAAGCGGGAUCAGGAAGAGGAGAUGGACUAUGCACCAGAUGAUGUGUAUGACUACAAGAUUGCUCAGGAGUACAACUGGAAUGUGAAGAACAAGGCUAGCAAGGGCUAUGAAGAAAACUACUUCUUCAUCUUCCGAGAGGGUGAUGGAGUUUACUACAAUGAAUUGGAGACAAGGGUCCGCCUCAGUAAACGUCGGGCUAAGGCUGGGGUUAAGUCUGGUACCAAUGCUCUGCUUGUGGUCAAACACCGGGAUAUGAAUGAGAAGGAACUAGAAGCUCAGGAGGCGCGAAAGGCCCAGCUGGAGAACCAUGAGCCUGAGGAG